UAGCUUCGAGAGUACAGUCGAAUCUGGCACGCGAUUGGCUGUCAGUUUAAAAUGUUGGUUAUUGCAGGCGAUGCCGUGCUAAUGUUGUGACGUUAAGUGUUUUCCUACCUUCCGUCGCGCGCUCGAAAGUUCGACAGAACGUGUAGUUGCACGCGAGGCCUGGCAGAGAUCACGCUACAAGCUUUCGGCGAUUAUGGCUGCCGCCGUGAGCUCCAAUGUGGAAAAUUUGUCACCGCAAAUUAUCCGCCGGGUGGCCAAGGAGAUGGCAGAAUUGGCCGCGCAACCACCCGAGGGUAUUCGUGUCAUUUCGAACGACGAUGACAUCACCGAUAUCCAAGCUGUCAUCGAAGGCCCAUUUGGAACUCCGUACGCCAAUGGUUUCUUUAGAGUUAAAUUAGAUCUUGGGAAAGAUUUCCCACAAGGACCACCUAAGGCGUAUUUCCUCACAAAGAUUUUUCAUCCCAAUGUAGCAAAAAAUGGCGAAAUAUGCGUAAAUACUUUAAAAAAGGAUUGGAAACCAGAUCUUGGAAUACAACAUAUAUUAUUGACUGUAAAAUGUUUACUAAUAGUGCCAAAUCCUGAAUCUGCUUUGAAUGAGGAGGCUGGUAAAUUGCUUUUAGAAAGUCACGAUGAAUAUUCAGAGCGAGCAAAAAUGAUGACCGAAAUACAUGCACAGGUAAUAUCUUAUCAGGGAGGUGGAAAAGGUAGUAAAGCUGGUCUGGAAAGUUGUGCCUCUUCAGAAAGUGGAGGACCUCUUCCAAAAAAACAUGCGGGUGAUAAGAAAUUAACAGCAGAAAAGAAAAAAAUGUUAAAAGACAGGAAGAGAACAUUGAAAAGAUUAUAAAACAAAAUCAUUAUUUGUCUUUUGUAAUUUAAAACAUUGGUAUGGGGUACUGUUGCCUCGUAUUGUAUACAAUUAUUAUUGCAUAGUAAAAUUUUAUUAUCUAAA